ACGCUUCGCGUGUUGGUGACGGUGGCAGUGAGCCCAAGAUUCAGUAUUUGAUCAGUGUGGGAAAUGCCUCACAAGAUAACAAAUAUUCGCCAAUAAUCUGUGACCUUAUAUCGGAAUAACGUUGACGUAACCGAAUAGACUUUCCGAAAUCGUGAAGACAAUGAAUUUCGCGUGAAUCUCCGAUUGUUGAUCACCUCGACAACAUUGUUUUGAAGGCCUGUAGCUCCUGCUAACUAACGUUACAGGAAAUACUCGAGCUACUGUAGCUAGCUAGCGGUGAAUUCUGGGCCGAGGAAAACAAGAAAGGCGCUGUUACUAAUUGUUAUCGUUUUUGUAGUUAUACAACUCAAACCCAUUAAUCAAAUGUUGACUGGUCAUCUUAUGAAUUCGAAUGGCAGAUAUAAAACAUCGUAACAAACUGUCAGACUUCUUUCCCUAGCCAGUUACUAGUACUUAGCAAUAACUAACUAGCUAAUUUAGCUUACUAGAAACUUAUUCCAGUGCUUGCUAGUUGGUUGAAGUUCUUGGUAUUUUUCUAAAGUACAGUAGCUAUUUAAUAUUUGUGAUGUAUGUAAGCUUCGAGUAUGACACCGUUUGGUGUCAAUUGAGAGUAAUUGACGGGUUACUAAAUCUGUUAGCAUAGUAAAUUAGCCCAGUUACCUACUCUUAAUAUCUAAUCACACUAGUAAGGUCACUUCAGUUCGGCGACUAUAAAAGGUCAUAGCAAGGUAGGAAAGUUACCCCAUCAUGUGUUUUGAACAGCGAGACCAUUAAAGGUUAAUUUAAACCAUUCAUUAGCAUUGAUCAAUCAGAUUAUUUCCCCUAUGAAGCCUCACUGUCGAGAGUGGAUGUUGUCUGGAUCUGCAGAUUAUGUUUGUUCUUCUUGGCACUGCUGAUUAACGACCAACACGUGAGCAGCUGCGGGUCAUACAAAAGUACUGAUCGGACCUUGCGCUAGACUGACAAACGACACAAUGAAUCGCUAUCUGCCAGUUGCAAGACAGCACUUCUUGGGCGCAUUAUCCAACACUAGUGUUGUGGUGAAGUCCAUAUGUGCCUUAGUGCUCCUUCUGUAUGUGCUCUCAUGGGCAGUUGACACUCCAUACGCCCUGGGCGUGACGCCUGGCUACCUCUUCCCCCCUAACUUCUGGAUCUGGACCUUGGUGACCCAUGCCGUGGUGGAGCAGCAUGUGUGGGGGGUGGCGGCCAAUGUUGGGACUGUCAUGGCCUGUGGCCGGCUGUUGGAACCUCUGUGGGGUGCCUUGGAGAUGCUAAUAUUUUUCGCUGUGGUCAACAUCUCUGCAGGCCUCCUGACGGGCCUCUCCUACUUACUCACGUACGUCGCCACCUUCGACCUGGACUACUUGUUUGCUGUGCGGGUCCAUGGGGCACCAGCUUUCCUCGGGGGCGUGUUGGUGGCCCUCAAGCAGACUAUGCGGGACACAACGGUGCUGCGGGUUCCACAGGUGAGGCUCAAAGCGGCCCCGGCGCUGGUCCUCCUCUGCCUGGCCCUGCUCCGCCUCUCAGGCCUCCUGGAAAGUGCUGCCCCUCUGGCGGCCUACAGCUUUGGCGCCCUGGCAGGCUGGGUCUACCUUCGUUUCUACCAGAGGCACAGCCGGGGCCGCGGGGACAUGUCAGACCACUUUGCCUUUGCAUCCUUCUUCCCUGAAGCGGUGCAGCCGCUGGUGGGGCUGCUGGCUGGCCUGGUGCACACAACCCUGGUGAAGAUCAGGGUAUGCAGGAAGAUGGUGAAGCGCUAUGACGUCGGGGCACCUUCUUCCAUCACCAUCACUUUGCCGGGGGCGGACCCCCAAGACGCAGAGAGGAGGAGGCAGUUGGCGCUGAAGGCCCUGAACGAGCGACUGAAGAAGGUGGAGGACCAGUCGGCCUGGCCGAGCAUGGACGACGAAGAGGACGACGAUGAGGACGAGGUUCGGACCGACACCCCGCUGCUCUCUGGACAGGAGAGAACCUUGCCAGCAGGGGGGUCUAGUGGUUCCCAGAACACCACGGGACAGGAGUCCAGCAUCAUCAGCUUUGAAGACGCCCCCUCCAGCUCAUAGCAGACACACUGAUACACACUCAGCCAUACUAAGUUUUGACUACACACAUACACUAGCAGUUUUUGACACAUUGUCAGGCUUAUCAGUUUUAUGCUCUGACUCUCCGAAGUUGUACACAGAUACCAUCAAGGACCCGUUGCUCUCCUGGCCCCACCUGCAUAUGUCCAUUGAAACUUUAAUGCAAUGUAGAAACACAUUGGUCUCUCCCUAGUUCGUCACGUCUCUCCUGAAUAAACGAUUGAAUGGGUGUACAAAGUGUUUUGUAAUCAAACUUAUUUUGACCCGAGACACCUGCUCCACACCUGCUGCUCGUCUGACUCCCACACCUUGUGUCUGAGACACUACGACUGGAGCAGAGACUCUUGGCAAACUCCCCAUCUGUUGCUGUGUGUUCUUAUUGUCCCAGAGCAAGCUUUCAGCAGACGGAUGCAGAUUCUCAGUGGGUUUCUAGGUCAUCCUUUUGUGCUGAUUGGUGUUUAGUCUUCAAGGACUUUGACAUCUUUCUUUUAUCUCUUCUCUCCAUCACUGAAAGACUGAAAUACAGUUAUGGCCAAAUAUAUUGGCACCCUUGCACUUUUCUUAAAUAAUUCCCUAUUUCUUCUAAAAUAAGUUGAAAUUAAAAACAAACAAAAAUAGUAACCACACCUUGUUAUUGGUUUUUCAACAUUGCAGAACCAAUUUGACUUGUUUAGUUUUAAUUUAGAAAAUAAAGACACGGCAUGGACAAAGAUAUUGGGAACCUUUGGCCAAGAUAACUGCAGACAAACACUUCUUAUAGCCAUCAAUGAGCCUUUCUGAUGACAAUUUGGCCUGCUUUUCAGCAGCAAACUGCUCUAGUUCUUCAAUAUUUGAGAGGUGCCCUCCACCAACUGCUGUUUUCAGAUCUCGCCAAUAGGUUUUUGAUGUGACUCUUCACUGGCCACUUCAGAACAGUCCAGCAUUCCUGGGUGCUUUUUGAUGUGUGUGUGGGGGGUUGUUAUGCUGGAAGACCCACAACUUUCAGUGGAGACCCAUUUUUUGGACGCUGGGUUGAACAUUGGACUACAAAACACCUGAUAAUCUGCUGAUUUCAAGCAACCCCACAACAUUACCAAACCUCCCCCAUCUUUGAUUGUAGGGAGGGUGUUAUUUUCAUUGAAUGCUUCAUUUGGUCAUCAGUAAACACAGCACUGAUCUGUAUUGCUAAAGCGCUCCGAUUUUGUUGCAUUGGUCCACAGAACCUUUCCCCAGGAUUUAGGCUUGUUUAGGUUGGUUUUUGAAAAGUUCAAACAGGCUUUUUUGUCUCCUUCAGCAGUGGGGUCUUCGUAUGUUUACCAACGACCAAAUUAAGCAUUCAAAGAAAAUAGGUCCGAUAAUGCUGUGGGGUUGCUUUGCUGCAGGACAUCAGGAAAUCAGCAUAUUAUCAAGGUGUUUUGGAGUGCAAUGUUCAACCCAGUGUCUUUGUUGAAGGUUGUGGAUCUUCCAGUAGGACAACAACCACAAACACACAUAAAAAGCACCCUGGAAUGGUUCAAGAAGAAACGCUGGACUGUUCUAGAGUGGCCAGUGAAUAGUCCAGAUCUGAAUCACAUCAAAGAGGACUAGAUGUUGUACACAGUGGUUUCCUGUCAUUGGUGGUUUGGCCUGACAAAGUUCAGCAGCUUUUGACAAUGACAGAGCAAUACAGCCACUGAUGCAGUCUUGACAGACUCUCUUCUCCCCAGGGAACAUUUUGUCGAAAUCUCUUGUUUCUUUCUGGUUUCUCCUUUUUUCCACUAUUUAUCUGUGUCAUGUCUCUGAAUGUUGGUUAAGAUAAGAUCUGCACUCUGAAUCUUUAACUCUUUAUUUAUGAGGUUUGAAAUGUUAAGAUGUGGUGAAUGAUGCCAAUACUGAUGCUGUUCUGUUUAAUUUGUUGGUGAAGGUGGCUCAAAGUUUGGUUUUCACCAGACAGGUUCCUUGAAUUUCCACUAAUGAUGUGUUUCUCUUUGUACUGUGGCCAUUGCGCAGACUCCUCUAUUUAGUUUCAGAUAUUUAUUUAUCCCUACAUGAAAUAAAAUCUGAUUGUAUGAAA